AUGCUCCCCAAAUCAUCAUCCCCAUUCAUGGAUCUUCCCACGGAGUUACAUGCGCAAAUUACAUCUUAUCUGUCAUAUCCGGAUGCUUUGGCUUUGAAACACACAAAUACCUAUUUCUAUGCGCUCGUCCAAACAGGCCUCGUGCUUAAAGUCAACUGGAUACUCGAGCGUUGUCGGUUAAAACUUCGAGUUCCUUUUUCGACCUGCGAGUUCCGUACAGAUCAGACUUUCUGCAAUCGAGAGAUUCGAGAAAUCAUGCAGACUCGACGAAGGCAUCAGGAAUGCAAACCCGGUACAGGAGGAUGCUUGGUCGUGGAAGGCUCGAGUUGUGGUGGGCGGACGCCAUUUUGGCUGUUGAGAAAGAGUAAACUGUUUCUGUGGAUGUGGAGGGGGAUUACUCUUGAUUAUCUUGCUUUAAUCCUCGGAUUAUUUGUGUGCAUUAUCGCCAUCUCUUUUGUUCCGGCAUCUAGGUAA